AUGAAAAUGGAACCCAGUUAGCAUCUAUUCACAUAGCUUAAUACGAUUCAAAUUAUCAUUUAGAAUAGAAAACUAAGACUCUAAAUUGAAAUGUUCAAGCUAAGCUAAAGCAAAUUAAAAACGAAUCUUGAUACAAAACGAUAAGAAGAUGAAAAAUAAGAAAACUAAUAAAGUUAUUCAUAAAAUUAAAUUGGCGUAGAUUAUUCAAUCAAAGAAUAAUAUUUGGAUAUAUUGGCUAUAGAUAAGUUCCAUUAGUGAAUUAUCACUAUAACUUUGAAUUUUAAGUACUUUUAGUAAUAUGAAUAAAAAAUGGUUUGUAUAAAGACUAUAAACCAGAUUUGCUCAAAUCUGUAUAGGUAUUGAUCAUCUUAAUAUCUGAAGUCAAGGAAGAAUAAAUUACCAAAGGAUUGGAAUUAUACAUAUAGCAUAGACACCUCUCUGAAAAGAUAUCCGAUAUAUACGUUAAACAAGCAGCAAGUUAUAAGAAUUUAAUGAAAGAAGAUUUAGAAUAAUAAGAAAAUUGA